AUGUCGUCGCCAGGCGAGGCUGCGGCGCGCCAGGCGCUGAAAGGCGCUCGUCGGAUCGUUAUCAAGGUGGGAACGGCCGUGGUGACGCGUCAAGAUGGACGUCUCGCGCUUGGGCGAAUGGGCUCACUCUGCGAAGCGAUAGAAACGCUCGUAUCGGACGGCAGGGAGGUGAUUCUGGUGACAAGUGGCGCGAUCGGAGUGGGGCGGCACAAGCUGCGGUUCCAGCGCUUCAUGCGCACGAGCUUCAAGGACCUGCAGCGCCCGCAGGACGAUAUUGACGGCAAGCCGUGCGCGGGCAUCGGGCAGGGCCAGCUCAUGGCUCUCUACGAGUCUCUGUUCAACCAAGUGGACGUUGGGUGCGCGCAGUUGCUGGUGACUGAGCGAGACUUCACUGACUUGGAGUUCCGCAACCAGCUGCGCACCACGGUCUCCUCCCUGCUGGACCACCGCGUGGUGCCGGUGUUCAACGAGAACGAUGCCAUUUCGACUCGCAGAGCGCCCUACAAGGAUGCCACAGGUAUCUUCUGGGACAACGACUCUCUCGCUGCUCUCCUCUCUCUGGAGUUGCAGGCAGACGCGUGUGUGCUGCUGUCGGAUAUCGAGGGGCUCUACACCAAGCCGCCCUCUGACCCUGACUCAGAGCUCAUCCACACCUAUGUGAAGAGCGUGCAUGGGGAUUCCAUCAGGUUCGGGCAGAAGAGUCGGUUGGGGCGCGGCGGAAUGACAGCUAAAGUCGAAGCAGCAAUGCACGCAUCAGGCGGGGGCGUGCCCACAGUCAUAGCCAGCGGGCUGUCAAGCGAUGCCCUGCUGCGAGUGCUGGCGGGGGAGAUGGUCGGAACUCUCUUUCACAAGGACGCCCACUUAUGGGCCGUCUCUAAAUCUGUCAAGAGCGCUGGGCGAGAGAUGGCUGUGGCUGCCAGAGAUGCGAGCAGGAAGCUGCAGGCUUUAUCCACAGAGCAGCGCAAGCAGGUGCUGCUGGAUGUGGCCGAUGCGCUGGUGAAACGAGAGGCUGAGAUUGUCGAGCAGAACGCCCAUGACGUACGGACGGCUGAAAUCAACGGGGUCGCACCAGCGCUGCUGCAGCGGCUGAAGCUGAAGCCGAACAGGAUUCAACAGCUUGCAGAGGGUAUUCGAGCCAUUGCCGAGAUGCCUGACCCGAUAUCAGAGACGCUGGCUCGCACAGAGCUAGCAGAGGGGCUCAACUUGGAGAAGCAGCGGUGGCCGCUGGGGGUGCUGCUGGUGAUCUUUGAGGCUCGCCCUGACGCCAUGCCGCAGAUCGCAGCACUGGCGAUUCGCAGUGGCAACGGGCUGUUGCUCAAGGGAGGGAAGGAGGCACUCAACUCCAACCGCAUCAUCCACGAGGUGAUGGCAUCGGCACUCCCACCCGAGGUGGGCCCGUCACUGAUCGGGCUGGUCACUUCGCGCGACGACAUCUCGGAUCUGCUGAAGCUGGACGACGUGAUCGACCUGGUGAUUCCGCGCGGCAGCAACGCGCUGGUGAAUCAUAUCAAAUCGCACACCAAGAUUGCGGUGCUGGGCCAUGCGGACGGCGUGUGCCACGUGUACGUGGACAGGGCAGCCAACCUCAAGAUGGCCAAACAGAUUGUGCUCGACGCCAAGAUGGACUAUCCGGCUGCCUGCAAUGCCAUGGAGACCCUGCUACUCCAUGAGGAGCUGGUGAAGUCAGGAGCAGCAGCCGAGCUCGUUCAAGAGCUCAAAGACAAUGGCGUAGUUUUUCACGCGGGGAAAGAAGCAGCUUCUGCUUUCAACCUGCCUGCAGCAGCGAAUCUGCACCACGAGUACGGGGCGCUGGAAUGUACGGUGGAGAUCGUGCCGGACAUUGAUGCGGCCAUCCAUCACAUCCACACGCACGGCAGCGCGCACACCGACGCCAUUAUUACGGAGGAUAAGGAAGCUGCGAAGAAGUUUCUGGCGUCGGUGGACAGUGCGGUCGUGGUGCACAACGCCAGCACUCGCUUCUCCGACGGCUUCCGCUUCGGCCUAGGAGCUGAGGUGGGCAUCAGCACAAGCCGCAUCCAUGCGAGAGGGCCUGUCGGGGUGGAGGGGCUUCUCACAACGCGCUGGUUGCUGAGAGGUGACGGGCAUCUGGUCAACAAGGACAAGGAGAUAGUCUACACCCAUAAAGCGCUCCCUCUAAAAGAGUAG